AUGUCGACAUAUUCAACGGCAAAAGAUGAUUUUGUGAAUGUCGAUGGCAUCAAAUUUGCUUACAGACGGCUGGGCGCGGGAGAUGGAGUUCCUCUCGUUCUGAUCAUGCACUACAGGGGUACAAUGGAUCAUUGGGACCCAGCUCUUAUUGAUCCAUUAGCAGCAAAGCGGCCGGUGAUCCUGAUUGAUACUGCGGGCUCCGGAAGAUCUGAAGGGCAUUUUCCAUCAACCAUGACCCAAGUCGGACAGUACUUUAUUAACAUUAUAAAAACACUGGGCCUGAAGCAAGUGGAUGUUAUGGGAUUUUCCGGAGGUGGCUGCAAUGCCCAGAUGAUUGCUCUCAAUGCUCCCAAGCUUGUUCGCCAUCUUAUCCUUUCGGCUACAACACCAAGCAUCGGCGAAGGUGUUCAAAUUGGGCCCGCCGAUGCACUGCAAAAGCUCCGAACGGCCGUCACAGUAGAUGAGCAUAAAGAUGCAUUUAUCUCAAUAUUCUUCACUAGCUCCGCUCGAGGCCAAGCGGCAGGACAUGCGGCGUGGGAGAGAAUCACUGCUGCGCGUCAAAAUCGUAGCGACUACGCAAGCCUUGAGGCUGCUGAAGAGCAAGGCGUCGCAUACUUCAAUUUCAUCGAUCCUAACAGUGCAAAGGAUGGAUCGUAUAAUCGGCUCCAUGAACUUCAAAUGCCUGUUCUUAUUGCGACUGGCUGUGAUGAUGCUAUACUCCCAACUAAAAACAGCAUCUUGAUGUGGGAAAAAAUAAGCCAUUCUAACGCCGAACUGCACAUUUUCCCGGACGCAGGACAUAGAUUCCUCUAUCAGUAUGCUGAUCAACUAAAGAAGCAAAAUGCCUCCUUGUUCUUGGGCUCUUCAUAA